UACAAAUUUUUUCUUCUUUGUUCAGUAUAAAUAAUACGCGGUUGAUUAUUCUUUUUCGCUUUUUUUUUCUUUUUCAUCAUAUUAAACAUGUCUUUCCAAGAACCCAAGUCCCUUUCUGAAUUCCAAGAAUUAAUCAACCAAGAUAAGCUUGUUGUUGUUGAUUUCCAUGCUACCUGGUGUGGUCCUUGUAAGUUGAUUGCUCCCAAGUUGAAGAACUUUGCUGAAGCCUACACCAACGUUGUCUUUGCCAAGGUUGAUGUUGAUGAAGUUCCCGAUGUUGCUGGUGAAUACCAAGUUCGUGCUAUGCCUACUAUCAUGUACUUCAAGAACGGUCAAAAGCUCGGUGAAGUUGUUGGUGCCAAUAUCAAGAACAUUGAAGAUAAGCUCAAGGAAUUUGCUGCUUAAGUGUAUAAAAUCUAUAUCCAUUCGAUAAAUAAAAAGAAACUGUAUAUGACAUGGCUUUUAAACGGCA